AGCUCCUGUGUUUGUCUGUGAGCUGCACCUUCACACACACACACAUACACACACACACACACACAUACACACACACCAGCCACUGGGUUCUGCACCGAGGACACCCCAGUGUCUGAGUGAGAGAGACGGUGACAGACCAAGUUUUCUGCCCUGGAUUUCCAAACGGUAACUGUUUUCCAGGCCUGAGCUUCUCGUCUAAGCAGGACAGGACGAUGACAGACGCGCGCACCAACAUGCGGCUGAAGCUGCCGGCCACCUGCUUCAUCCUGGAGAUCAUCCUCAUCAUCCUUUUCGGCGUGCUGGUGGUGUACGACGAUGACACGGACUCACAGCUGUUUAACAAGCACCACAACACAUCUCAUGGACAUUCAGACUAUGAGAAUGAUUUCUACUACCGCUAUCCAAGCUUCCAGGAUGUGCACGUCAUGAUCUUCAUCGGCUUCGGCUUCCUCAUGACCUUCCUGCAGCGCUACGGCUUCAGCAGCGUGGGCUUCAACUUCCUGGUGGCCGCCUUCUCCCUGCAGUGGGCCACUCUCAUGCAGGGCUUCUUCCACGGCCUGCAUCAUGGCAAGAUCCACAUUGGGGUGGAGAGUAUGAUCAAUGCUGAUUUCUGCACCGGCUCUGUGCUGAUCUCGUUUGGAGCAGUUCUGGGCAAAACCAGCCCUGUCCAGCUGCUGGUCAUGGCAGUAUUUGAGGUCACGUUGUUUGCUGUCAAUGAGUUCAUCUUGCUGACCCUUCUGGGAACCAGAGAUGCUGGAGGCUCCAUGACCAUCCACACAUUUGGAGCCUACUUCGGCCUGAUGGUGACUCGGAUCUUGUACCGGCCCAACCUGGACAAGAGCAAGCACAAGAACUGCUCCGUCUACCACUCUGACCUGUUCGCCAUGAUCGGUACCAUCUACCUGUGGAUGUUCUGGCCCAGCUUCAACUCUGCCGUCACAGAACAUGGAGACGCCCAGCACCGGACGGCCAUGAACACCUACUACUCCCUGGCAGCCUGCACCCUUUCAACUUAUGGCAUGUCUGCCCUCACAGCUCACGACGGCAAACUGGACAUGGUCCACAUUCAAAACGCUGCCCUGGCCGGUGGAGUCGCUGCAGGAACAGCUGGUGAAAUGAUGCUGACGCCUUUCGGCUCCAUGAUUGUUGGAUUCUUGGCCGGCAUCAUCUCUGUGCUGGGCUACAAAUACCUCUCACCCGUCCUGGAGAGCAAACUGCGGAUUCAGGACACCUGUGGUGUUCACAACCUGCACGGGAUGCCCGGGGUCCUGGGGGCCAUUGUUGGGGCCGUCACUGCUACUGUGGCAUCCAAAGAAGUAUACGGACACGGAAUGGAAAGGGUGUUUCCUGAUGUGGCAAACGGAAGCAGAGAUGCGUAUUUCCAGGGAGGUGUACAAGCACUUUCCCUUGCUAUCACCCUGGGCAUGGCCAUAUUUGGUGGGCUUGCUGUUGGGUUUAUUUUGAAGCUGCCCAUGUUCGGUGCUCCUGCUGACAACGCCUGCUUUGAGGACAGCAUCUACUGGGAGGUGCCGGGGGAAGAGGAGGCCGGUCAUGAGGAGCAGAUGACCGCUGUGAGGACAGAGGAAUCAGAGAAGCUGAGCGCCUAAUCUUUCAGACAGGAAACCAGGAUCCCAUCAGAGAAACACUCUGAGGCUGAAAGCAGCACUUGAAAGCCAGAAGGCUCAAAUAUAUUAAAAUGUAUCCACACACUGUCCUCAUGCCAGCUGCCAAACUGUGUGUUUUACAUGUAAAAAUAUAUUUUUACACGGCUAAAUAAGAAAUAUCAGCUUUUACUGGUUAUUGAAUAUCACAGGAGGCCAUUAGAGUCGUUUUAUGUUACACAACUGUGAAACAGCUGCACUGACGAAACUUGGUUCUAUUUACUGAAAAAUGGCUUCUGUACUAAUAAAGUAUGAUGUUGUACAAAACUUCAAACCAAAGAUGAACAUUUAAAGCCAGAAAACUGCAUUCAGUAAAAUAUCUUAAACGUGUUCUUUAAGUCAACAUGUUGUUUUAGGAUUUCAUGUUAAUCAGUUUCUUGCAGGAAUUAGUUUUGAAUAUAAACCAUGGCAAUAAGAUAACUACAAUUUAUCUUUCUAAACAACAAAUGUUUAGUUAGAUUAGAAAAGCAGUUUUUGUUCAGUUAUUCACAUUUUAUGACACAAACUGGCACAAAUCAAGUACACGAUUGUAUUUACUUGAUUUGUGAAGUCAGACAUAUUUGGAAACACAGUUUUGGUUUAUUUGUGACGUAAAAUAAAGUCUUCAAAUCUGA